GACCUUUGCCGGCCCAAGUCGGGUUUUACCCAUAUUAAAUAUUUAAAACCCGAAAUAAAAAUCCAUAAAACGACGCCGUUUGAGAACAAAGUAUUGCCGGUUACCAAACAAGGCCUCUUCUCUCUUCUCCGUAUAAAUAGUAGGACUCCGGUCAUUUACAGAGAGAGAGAGAGUGGACUAAGCCUUCGUCUUCGUUCUUGAUCGUUUCUUCCUUUUUCCCUCGCUCUUUUAUCGGCGCCAUUAUUCUUUCUGACUUUAACUAUAGCAGUUAUGUCAGAGAAAGCUCUAAAAGAUCUUAAUACUAUACCAGGAUCUGAGAGGAAGAAUGAAAACUCUAGUAAAGUAAGUAUUUCUAAGCCUGUAGUUAGCAAUACCAAUGGCAAUACCAAUGGGAACCUUGAAGAAGGACAAAAGAAAAUCUCUGUAAAUGGCAGUGAAGUUGUGAAUCCUGUAAAUGGGAACCUUGAAGAAGCACAAAAGAAAAACUCUGUAAAUGGCGAUGAAGUUGUGAAUCCUGUAGUUGAGGUUGCAAGUGCAGAAGUAGAAUACAUUGACUCCGAGAAUUUAAAUGAUGUAGAAGAUGUUGAUGCAAGCUUGAAGAUGCUUUUGUCUGGAUUAGACUCUAAAGAUUGGGUCUUACUGUGUAACUCACUAAACAAUGUACGCCGGUUAUCACUAUAUCACAAGGAGGCCAUGUUCGAUGUGUUGGCUGAUGUUAUCUCACUUGUUGCAAAGUCCUUGAAAAAUCCAAGAAGUGCUGUUUGCAAAACUGCAUGCAUGACAUCUGCAGACAUUUUUAGUGCUUACAAUGAUCUUAUGAUUGAAUCUUUGGACCUGCUGCUAGUUCAGCUUCUUCUCAAGUCUUCACAAGACAAACGAUUUGUAUGCGAGGCAGCUGAGAAAGCUUUGGUUUCAAUGACUACUUGGGUUUCCCCAGUAUUGUUGUUACCGAAGCUCCAACCGUGUCUCAAGCACAGAAAUCCUAGAAUUCGAGCAAAGGCAUCUAUGUGCUUUUGUAGAAGUGUUCCACGAUUGGGUGUUGAAGGGAUUAAAACAUACGGUAUCGACAAAUUAAUUCAGACAGCCGCAUCCCAGCUUAGUGAUCAGCUUCCUGAAUCAAGGGAGGCUGCUCGGAGUCUUCUUUUGGAGCUGCAAACUGUUUAUCAGAAAUCUUUCGAUAUUUCAUCCGUGGAAGAAGUAUCUGAGCACCCCGAGACGAACUCUUGGGAGAGCUUUUGUCAAUCGAAACUCUCUCCUCUCAGUGCACAGGCAGUCUUACGUGUUACAAAUAUCUCGCGGGAGGGCCUUGUGAUUGGUUCUUGACACAGGCUUAUGUAGAAACACGUACAAGCAAUUUACUAUUGUUACUCUCAAUUUAAGAGAUAUAAAUGAGUUUUAGUGAGCAUAGUCUGUAUCUGUUUUGCUUUGGUUUGCCUCUCCAAAUUCCUUUUCUCUUUUGUACAUACUAUGGAGCAUUGAGAUGUCUUGUAUUGCAGUCGAAGCACCUAGUUGAGCCAGAAAUCUAUGGUACCUCUUAUCUGUAAUUUUUUUUUUCUUUUUCCAAAUCAAAUUUACUCUCAGCCUCUUCUCCAAAUUACACGUACUUGUCCUUUUUUGUCUUUGAUAUUUGGUAUUUUGUAGCCAUAGUUUGUUUAAAAAAUGCCUUCCUCAAAAGUUGUAAGAAGUAAAUUCGUUUCUAUGAAUUGUCUCAAAUUUGUUC